ACCUGGGAGCGACGAGGGAGGAGCGCCCAGUGUCCGGUUCAGCCCGUUCUGCCGGGCACAGCUCUAAACAUGGGCCUGGUCAUCUCUAACGUCUUCACGCGCCUCUCACAGCAAAAACAAACGAGACUUUUAAUUGUUGGUCUGGAUGCAGCAGGAAAGACCACCAUCCUCUACAAACUCAAACUGGGGGAGGUCGUCACGACCAUCCCGACUCUUGGCUUUAACGUUGAGUCGGUUGAGUACAACAACAUCUCUUUCACCGUGUGGGACGUGGGUGGACAAGGUCAGAUCAGACGGCUGUGGAAGCACUACUACCAGAAUACCAAGGGCCUCAUUUUUGUGGUGGACAGCAGUGAUCGAGAGCGGAUUGAGGAAGCCUCGUCUGAGCUGCAGACACUACUUCAGGAAGACGAGCUGAGGGACGCUGUCGUGCUGGUUCUCGCUAACAAACAGGAUUUACCCACUGCUAUGCCAGUCGACGAGAUGACUGAGAGGCUGGGGUUACGGACAAUGACUGAAAGAACUUGGUACGUUCAGUCAACUUGUGCAAGAAGUGGGGCAGGUUUAUAUGAAGGACUGGACUGGCUGUCUGAUCAGAUCUCCAAACGAUAACAUUGCGUCAUUUUUACACCUGUUUAGAAAUUGUAUGUAUGUAUAAUUGUAUAAUUUAAAUCUCUAUAUUGUCAUGUCCACAGUGACCCCCUCCUUUGAGUCUGUUAUUUUAUUAUCAUAAAUGUGAUGUAUUUAUCUUGGGUUUUUUGUUAUUCUU